AUGCGUUCAUGUUAUAGUAUAGCCAUCGUUGUAGCUCUAUUUUUUGCUCAUGGAUAUGGUCUUUAUUCUUUAGCGAACAAUAAAAAUUCCGAAGCCAUCACCAUCCGAGGAAAUGGUAAAAGAGGAUCGAAAAGCACUCAUUACUUGUCAUUUCACAAUUUUACAAAUGUUGAUAAACUUGCCGACACUCUAGCUCAGCACGUUAAUAUAACCCAUUUGACAUUGGAAGACGGGCAACUGGGUCAUCUUGGAGAUCAAAACUGGCCAAUUUUACCAUUUCUAACUACGCUAGAUAUCAGUCGUGUCCGAUUUGAGGAAAUUAACAUAAAAUGGCUAUCUCAACUGCCUUCACUAACAGCUUUAACCGUCACCAAUUGUCGACUCCAGCGCAUUCCCAGUAGCCAAUAUCAAAUCUUGCCAAGAUUGAAAUUUCUCAAUUUGUCCCAUAAUCAAAUCAAAAGGAUUUUAUGUCAUGAUUUACGAUCCUAUCCCGGUUUGCUGCAGUUAAAUUUAGAUUUUAACACAAUAUUCGAUAUUGGUAGCGACAACUGCUCUCGUAGUCUAUUCCCUUCAGCAUUGCGAAGGUUAUCCUUAGCGGAAAACUCCUUUCAAGAGAUUUCUAUUUAUGCCUUUGAUGGUCUACAUCAACUAGUUAGUUUAGAUAUUAGUUCUAAUAAAUUACAAACCUUCCGUCAAGGUACCUUUGAAUCACUACCGGCUUUAAAAUGGCUCAAUUUCGCAAAUCAGAAGAUCAAGAAUAACCAAGCUUUUCAUUACAAUCCCAAAAUAUUCAAACCCUUUAAUAGAAAUACAGAUUUGAAUGUUACUAUUCAUCACAUAGCCCAAUGUAAUUACUGUGACUUAUUACUACAACUACAAAAUUGGCUAAUUGGUGUUCAUCACCAGUACCAAAUUUUAAACUACAGAAAAAUUCAAUGCCACUCUAGCAGUAUUAUUUAUCCUAAUCGAUUAAUUGUCUCUCUAGAUGAUCUAAAUCGCACUUGUUCAACUGAUGAUAAUAAUACUCCAAGCGUAAAUAACAGAGGCGAAAAUUGCUGGUCAUUAAUUUUCUUUUUCGUGGGUAUCAUUUUCAUAGCCAUGGUAAUUAUUAUUUGCGUUCUGGUUUAUGAUCGAUUUCUUAGACAAAGAUCCUUGCGUAAAUGUUCGAAUAGUAGUUGUAGCUCAAAUUUUGCUGCCCGGACUUCGUCUCAAGAUGCAACCAAUAGCAAUACACCGUCGUUAACUAAUUCAAGUGAAAAUUUAAGAAGAUGUCAAUCGCUAAACACUGAUGGCUAUAUGGACGCAGCAUCAUCGGUAAAUUCAUGCCAUAUUAAUGAAACCAUAGAUCUUCGUAAUAUGCCAAAAAAAUUUCACUUGAGCGACGAUAUCCAUUCUAAACUACAAGCACUUGGCGUGAAUAAUCCACAGAUGGUCAUUAAUGAACUAUUUAAAUUAAGACAGCAAGAUUCUGAAAUGUUUAUAAAUGAACAAACACAAUCCAUGAAUAAUGAAACAUAUAAGAAAUCAAAUCAACAUAAUGGAAGUAAUAUAAAUUUGAAGGAUGAUGAUGAGAGUGAUUUAAGUAAUGUUGAUAUGGAAACCAAAGAUCCGGAUGCAGUUGUGGAGCCACACGAUAAAAGAGGAAGUCUACCAUAUGACUGCCUACACCGGAUGGUGAUCGAGCAAGAUCGUGAUUCAGAUUGCGAGAAUAAUUUGCAAGGUGAAACUAACACUAUGAGUAACCAACUAGCAGUAAUGAAUACAGAGAGUAAUCAAAAAGAGUUGGCAGAAAAGGGAGAAAGUGAUAAUAAUACAACAUUGCUUAAGAUAUCGCCAGUAGAAAUGGAAGAUACAGAAGGAUGUCCUUCUCUUAAAUUUACAACAGUCUCGAAAGAGCAAGCUUAUGGACAAACCGGAUUUUAUAAUAGCUACUUAUCGAUUAUGAAGCGUGAACUUUAA